ACGCCAAUCUUUGUACCCUUGUGGCCGAACCUGCCAGGCCCCUCCCCCUUUCCUGUUCGAAGAUAUAAGGGCUUGUCCGUCUUCCCUUCCAACCGGACUUGGGUUGUAAAUUUAGAACUAUAAAUCAAAACUUGCACAACUAACACAUGAAUCAUACUUUACCAAUCAAUAUAUUCAUCACGAUCAACGACGUCGCAAUCAUGGUGCAGUACAAGACCGGACAGACCGUACGCUAUAAGCCUGUCGGCGGGCCCGACUCUAAUACCUCGGAGAGCACGGGUCGUAUCACGGACGUGUUGACCGAGCCUGGCGUCCAGGCCGACCGCAACGUCCAGGCCAGCUCCGAUGAGCCGCGCUACGAGAUCCAGAAUGACAACACGGGAAAGUUGACGACCGUGUACGAGAAGAACAUCCUUGGAACGGCUUAGAUGGAUGAGGCGUUAUUCGCUUGUGAGCGGUCGUGUUAGACCAGCCUCAGCUUUCGAUAGAUGGUAUCUGGGUUGAGAUAUUAGAUAGUGAUGAACGCAAGUCUUUUCUAACAUAACUUUUAUCGAACUGUUGU